AUGCCUCCAUCAUCAUCCGCCGCCGCCCUCACCCCCACAUUCUACAACAACCAAGACACCACAAUGAUCGAGACUCAUGUACUUCUGACGAUCGCCUGUGUCAAGUACAAGGACGCGUUGACUGACAAGAAAAAAGAGCCGAGAUUAUGGUACACGACAAUGCAGAAGGCGAUGAUCGACAUGCUUUGUGUGGAAGUUCGAAAGGAGAUUCAGGAGGAGGAGCGUCUGAAGAACGAUUAG